AUGACCACCGACGCGGCCGCUGAUGUUGCUGAGGACUACCGGCAAGCCCUGGAGGACUUGACCGUAAACUCAAGGAUAGAGAUCGCGACUUUGACGAAUAUUGCGCGAGAAAACGCCAUUCAUGGUCUGGCCAUUGCUGAUGUCUUGACAAACCACAUCAAAAAGGUCCCACCUACACGAACACUACCGGCCCUCUAUGUGCUCGACUCGAUCGUCAAGAAUGCCCCGACACCAUAUGCCCUCUACUUCGGGCCUAAGCUCUACUCCAUCUUCAUGGGCGCCUAUACCAAAGUCGACACUCCAACCAGACGCAAGAUGGACGAGAUGCUGAAGACCUGGAAGGAGCCAGUGGCGGGCGCGUUAGGCAACAAGCCCGUGUUCCCUCCCGAGGUGGUCAAGCCGAUUGAGAACGCCUUGAUCGCGGCCAAGAAUGUUGCCCUUCAGGUCAACCAGAGCAGUUUUCAAGGGCAGCAGUAUAUGCUCCGCGGAGCCCGUCCUCCAGCCCCUCCUCACAGAGAUACGCCCACUCCUCCCCAAUCUCCUUAUCACCAGCCCCAGGCUCCUCCUCAUCAGGGUAUAAGCAUAGAGAGGUUAAGAGACGAUAUCCAGCAGCUCAUCGUUGCAGAGAGGGCCGAGUUUGCGCGGGAUCCGCUGGACGUAGGUAAACAAACUAGACUGAAGGCCUUGCUGGAUCUGCAGACCUUGAUUCAGAGGCCAGAUGUGCCGCAGGAGCAGUUAAUGCUCGUGAAAGAAAAGAUCACUGAACUGUCCGUAAACAUGCGCAGCAGCGUUGCUACUGCCGCUGCUGGCGUAGUUCCCGUCGCCGCCCCUCCUCACCAUUACAAUCCCGUUCCAUACACCGCUACCCCAACACCUCCGGUCAUCCCCGGUGCUGUUGUUCCUCCUCCUCCUCAAGUACCCGGGGUUGGACGUCCUGCUUCUGCCAUGGCCGUGCCGGGUCCGGGAGCUGCUCCAGGCGCCGGAGGUGCCCUGUCGCUAGACUCUUUGUUCGGACAAGGCGCUCUCGCCGCCUUACUGGCUGGUGCUACCCGAAAGUCUGCCACCCCUACACCAUCGCAGACGAGCACGCCACAGCCUCCCAUCGCGACGCCGAUGAUACCACCACCGGCUGUGCCACCGGUAGCAGCUGGAAUUCCUGUUCCGGCUCCCUCUGCCGCUGGCAGCCUGGCAGCCUUAAACCCCGCCCUCGCGGCCGUCCUCCGAUCACAAACACCAACAAUGGCACCGACAGCGACAGCAUCAUCAAUCACCAACAACCCGUCAGCCUUACUCGCCAUGCUCCGACAAUCUGGUCUUCUCUCCGGCGCUGCCGGUACUAGCACCACUCCCGUGUCCGUCGUCCCAACUCCCGUAGCACCCGCCGCCGCCUGGACCUACACCCUCAAACAAUACCGCGGCCCACACCUCAUCAACCGACUGCACGAAGACCUCGGUCCGCCCUGCACGCAGUGCGGCCGCCGCUUCGGUAUCGACGAGGAAGGCCGGCGCAAGAAGACGGCGCACAUGGACUGGCACUUCCGGGUGCACCAGCGGGUGACGGACGCGGAGCGGCGCGGCCAGCACCGUAGUUGGUGGGUGGAGCAGAGCGACUGGGCGAAUUCUUCAGAAGCUAUUGAUAUUGAUCACAGCCAUCGCUCCGAUGCCGCCACUCAUCCAUCUGGAGGUCAUGGCGGUGGUGUGCCAGGGCAGGACACGCUUAACUACGAUGACGAUGUGGAUGAUGAUGAUUACGAUCCCGAAGCAAACUUUAAUAGCUCAUACAACAACGCCGACUCAUUGUACCCAGGCGGCGGUGCUGCUGCCGGUGGUGGGGACCAUUCGGGAGGCGGUCAUGGUCAUGCUUCUUCUGGGAAAGCCACGGCUAAUAGGAAGGGGGGCAAAAGGGGCGGCGGCGGUCUCAACUACAUCCCCGUUCCCGAGGACUCGGCAAAGGUCAACAACAUGUGCCCCAUCUGCCAGGAAAAGUUCGAGAUGAAGUGGCUGGAUGAGGCGCAGGAGUGGGUGUGGAUGGACGCUACGAAAGUGGGCGGGAGGGUGUAUCAUGCUAGUUGCCACAAGGAGGUGAAUGGCAGCGGCGCUGUUGGUGGGGAUGGUGGUGGUGGCAGCAAUGGGAUGAUGGGCAUGAGCAUGGGCAUGGGCAUGAGUGGAGGAGGGGAGAACGGAUUUGGGGGAGGGAGGAAGAGGAAGGCCGAGGACGAUGCUUAUUCAGGAGCAAAGGGAAGGAUAAAGUUGGAAUAUUAA